AUGGGUGGACUCCAAUCUUCACCAGUCAAUGUGCGCAACUACUCCGUCAACACCGGCACACGGACCGUGCCUCUCAGACAUACAGGUAACAACAACAUCCCGGAGUUCCCCAUCACUCGGACGCUACGAAGAAAGUCCUCGAUUCUGUCGCAAGGAUGGAACUUUGCCAAGAAGACGGCCAACUCCGUCAUCCCCAAUGUCAUCCAGUACGGGUCCUCCGAUGGCUCGGCCAAGACGAAGAAGUCCUACCGAUUCCUGAACAGCUCACGAUCUCACUCCUCUAUGAACUCACCCUUAUCAGAAGAUCUCGAUGACAACUUCAACUACAUCUCCGAGCCCAUCAAGCCCCUCAAGUCGAGGGACAACUCUACUCUCUACGCAAAUCAUCAUCGUAUCGAAAAUGAAGGCUAUAGUAGACUGUCCAACGAAGUGAGUUGUCUUUUGUCAUCAUUAAAUAGUUUUAGGACAUCAAGAACAAUAACAACAACUGGAGCUAUAAUCUGUCGCCGCCUCAGGGAUUUCAAAGACUCUUGACAAAGUUUAACAGCAAGACUCUGGACAAGCGAUGCUCGUUGUCAACCUCAUCUAGUGCGACGUCGUCCACCGCCUCUACAGAAUCCGCCCAAUCCUUUACCCUCGUCUCCCAAAAGCCCUACCGUCCUCUGCCCUCUUCUGAAUCCUCCUACUCCUGUAUCUCGGAAACCGCGUACUGCGACAAAAGCGACAUCGUACACUCGUCUACAGCAGAACUGCUACUGGGACUGGGGAAGUUUGUAGCUGGAAAGUGUCGUGUUCAACAGUUCGAACCAGCUCAGUUGGUUAUGUGGUUACGGUCGAUAGACAGGUCGCUCAUGCUGCAGGUAAUUUAAGAUUACCAAAAUUUUUUAUCCAUUAAAUUAAAAAUAACAUAUUAAAGUAAAAAUAAUUGAUUAAAUUUGACUUUCAGGGCUGGCAAGACGUCGCCUUUGUGAACCCUGCUAAUCUGGUGUUUGUGUUCUAUCUAGUACGAGAACAACUAGAACGAGAAGUCGACGACAUCAGGACGAUAUCAGAGCUACAGUCGUUGAUCAGAACAUGCUUAUAUGUCAGCUACAGUUACUUAGGAAACGAGAUAUCGUAUCCAUUGAAACCGUUCAUCUCAGCCUCAGAAGUAAGUAAUACUGUAACCAGGUGUUUAUGUUUACGGUUAAUGCCCACAAAGUAUUUCGUAUGUUUAUAUCACCAUAACAUUAAACAAUAUUUACAACACAGUUAUACAAAACAAUAUUAUUAUUAUCUCAACCAUUAUAUUGCCUACAAUAUGCUACUAUUACACUACUUUCAGAAUCGACGCAAGUUCUGGAAUCGAUGUAUCGAACUGAUCAACGAACACAGCGACGACAUGCUGCGUCUCAACACCUCCACCACGUUCUUCCUGGACACGUUCUCCGAACUACGCACUUACGCUUGUCUGCCGGUAUAUUAG